CAAGAAUUUCGUGCUGAAUACACUUCUUAAUAGUUAACUAACUAAUAUACCAAUUUAAAAUGUUAUUAAAAAUUUUAUUAUUCAGUAUACCAUUGUUUUACGUAUGUUAUGAGGUAUCGAGCAGAGAAUGCAGUGACUGUCAAGAUAUUUUAUCAUGCCAGCCCGCGCUAGAUCUAAUAAGGGAAAAAAGAGAUAAUGAUACACUACAAAUUCUUAUAAAGGCUCAUUGCGGCUAUCAUGGCAGUAUAUACAAGGUGUGCUGCUCGGAUUUAGAUAAGAAUGCCUCAAAAAUGCUAUCUGACAGCAAAAUAGAGAAACUUAAGCUCCUACCCGAGCUCGAGGUAUGCGGCGAAAUUGAGUUUGUUAGUACACGAGGUGGCCAGAUGUCUUAUCCCGGCAAAUUUCCCUGGAUUGCCCUAAUAUCUUAUCACACACCAAAUGGCCUUCAAUUUGGAUGCACUGGAAGUAUCAUAAACAAUAGAUAUAUAUUGACCACGGCGCGCUGUGUGCAAGAGCAGAAUAUCGCUGGAGUUCGUCUCGGCGAAUAUGACCUCCGCUACAAUGAGGAUUGCAUAGGUGAACAGCAGUACAUCGUUUGUCAGUCGCAUAUACAGGAUGUUGCUGUCGAAGAAGUAAUCAUACAUGAAAAAUACGGGAAGUUAAGAGCUUAUAAUGACAUUGCCUUAUUACGACUUGGGGAAGACAUAGACUUUAGAUAUAGUAACGUAGCCCCCGUUUGCCUUCCGGUAACUGCAGUGAUAAGUGACAAAUCUUUGAGUGGAGAAAGGGCUACUGUGGCUGGUUGGGGUCUCACAGAAUACAAUUCUGACGUGUUAUUAGAGGAGUUUGUAUCGAUCCAAACCGAUGAAGUCUGUCGCAGUUUAUAUAAUAGAAAUGGAGGCGAAAGAGAAUUUAAUAAAAUAUGCGCCGGUGGACUUACACCUGCACAUAUUUCAGGUAAUAAGGGACCGUGCGUAGGAGACUCGGGUGGUCCUCUUAUGUUGGAAGCAGAAGUUAAUGGCUUUGAACAUUUUGUUCAGUACGGCAUUGCGUUGGAUGGACCGAUACAAUGCUCUUCAAGCUUUCCAAGAGUAUACACAGAUGUGCGAAAAUACGUUGACUGGAUUCUAGAAAAGAUUGAACCAUAGCAAGGCCUAUCGCAGACGCUAGUCCUCUCCAUUUAUGUUUAAUUGUACAUUUUAUAACAAUGGUUAUAAGUUUUUGAGGAAAAAAAAAUAAGAAUAAAAAUUAUUUAUUCUUUAAGACACGUACAUCAAUCAUACAUACAUACAUUAUAUAGUGCUUUAUACAGUUUCUUAAAGAAAAAAACGUUAAAAUACAGGAAAUAAAAUCAUUGGUUCCCGCACUAGGCAAUGCCUGUCCUGCGGGAACGUGAAACGUUUAACAUUAGAAUUUUAUGAACAGAGCGGCAAUUAUUUUAUUUUUUAAAAUAAAAUAAAAAUAUUUGAAAUGUAUAGUUACAUCAUUUAUCCAUACUAUCCAUACUAAUAUUAUAAAUG